GUCCGGUUCGUGCUCAAAGGAACAACCGAUAUGAACCCCUCGCUUCCGGUAAUGCCUCCUUUUCGGCAGCGGCUAUUUCCUCGCCAACAUGCCACUCGCAAAAGACUUGUUGCAUCCAUCCCCUGAGGAGGAAAAGAGGAGGCACAAGAAGAAGCGUCUUGUUCAGAGUCCCAACUCGUACUUUAUGGAUGUGAAGUGUCCAGGAUGCUACAAGAUCACGACAGUGUUCAGCCACGCUCAGACAGUAGUUCUGUGUGUUGGCUGUUCAACAGUCCUGUGUCAGCCCACUGGAGGCAAAGCACGUCUCACAGAGGGGUGCUCAUUCAGGAGGAAGCAGCAUUAGCUGUCCUCUCUGAAGCUGAAGAGGAGAGGAGGGGAUGGACUGGUUGAUAUCGGCGUCUUCUGCCUCGGGGACACCGGUCUGAUCUGAGAAGAGACCUGAAGAUGGACCUCCACUGUUGAUGUCAGCAGUUUGGUUGUUGCUGUAACUCCACCCUCCAUCCCUGCCUCUCUUAAUAAAAUAUUGUUUUGGCUAAAUAAG